GCGAUGCUCAUGACGAUGAUAUUGUGCUAAAUUAUAAAUGUUCAAGAAAUUUUUAAAUUCAAACAAGUUUAUUAUUGUACAUACUUCAUAACGUCUCCUGGUAGUCAGGAGUGGAAUAGACUACAAAAGAGUAACAAAUGUUGGAAGCUAUUUUGUAUACAAUGGCAGGUUUUGGAAGAUUCAAACUAUACAUAGAUUCAGGAAACUUUUUACGUGUGAGAAGCUGUUUAGGAAAAUUCUAUCAAAAUGCUUUAAAAUAUACAACAAAAGAAAACGAACUUCCACCAAAGCCAAAGAGACCAGUAUCAUGUUUUAUUAUGUAUUUAAACAGUGUCAGGUCAAAGUUAAAAGAAGAAAAUCCUGACCUGAAAGCUAUUCACUUAGCGCAGAAAGCUUCUCAAGCAUGGGCUCAGUUAAAUCCAAAUUAUAAAGAACAUCUCAGAAACGAAUACAUACAAAACUAUGAAACAUACGUUGUGAAAGUAAAAGAGUAUGAAAAUUCAUUAACCGAGGAACAAAAGAAGCUGUUAAAAGAAAGUAAAACUAGAUAUAAGUUGGCAAACAGAGGAUUGGAUGUUAAAGAGAAAUUGAAAACAUUUCAAAAGCCAAAAAGACCAAUGACUUCAUUUUUUAUAUAUGUGAAGUCAAAGCAGAACGAGCGAAAACCAAACAUAACACAACGGGUUUGGAUGAAAGAUGUAGCAGAACAAUGGUAUGCUAUGUCGGAUAUAGAGAGAGCGAAGUAUAAUACUGAGGCAUCAGGAUUAAAGAAACAGUACAACCAAGAGUUGCUCAAGUGGGAAAAGGAAAUGAUAGAGUUAGGUCACCUAGAUAUUGUUCGAGUUGAGACAGGAGGUACGAAAGUUAAGCAUUGA